CUCUCUCUCUCUCUCUCUCCUUGUUCUCUCACGACGCAGUCACACAUCAUAGCGCUGCACCAACAAGCUAUUAAAUAUAUAUUUGAUUAUUCCACUGAAUGAUUUUUUGGGGGGACAAAUGAAGACAUCUUUCAAUUUGGAUUUUUUUUUCACUACAAAAGAUUUUAAGGUGGGGUUUGGACAAUGGAGAGCGAACCCAGAGUAGAGGCUAAGGAUUUUUGAGUGCGUGUCGGUUUUGGGACUUGAGGACAACAGGCAUGACUUUGCAGCAUCCGCAGCACUGAACCCCCGCAACAGAGGCUAAUAAUCCAUCAUUUCGCUCUUUCUUCUCCACCGAGGCCCUUUUUGUUUUCUGGAUUAAAUCUUUCGAGCAAAGAUGGCUCACCUGAUCCGCCACAAAUUGACCAACAAGCUGACCAACGCGGCCCACACGGUCUCCAACAAGUCCCAGGCCAAGGUCAGCGGCGUGUUCGCCCGCCUCGGCUUCCAGGCCGCCACGGACGAGGAGGGUUUGGGAUUUGCCGAAUGCGACGACCUGGACUACGACUACAGGCAAGGAAUGCAAAUGGACGUCAUCCAGGGGGACGAAGAGGGUGGAGAAUGCGGCCUGGAGGAUGGGGACACUCAUUACCAGAGGGACGGUACCGGCCACAGGCCCCAGGCCCUUAAAACCGAGGGAUCACUGGUUGAGGACAAACCCAAAAUCACGUCUUGGGAGGCUGGGUGGAACGUCACCAACGCCAUUCAGGGCAUGUUCGUCCUCGGCCUGCCCUACGCCAUCCUGCACGGCGGCUACCUGGGCCUCUUCCUCAUCAUCUUCGCCGCCGUGGUGUGCUGCUACACGGGCAAGAUCCUCAUCGCGUGUCUCUACGAGGAGAACGAGGACGGCAUCAAGGUGCGCGUGCGCGACUCCUACGUUGACGUGGCCAACGCGUGCUGCGCGCCCCGUUUCCCAGCGCUGGGCGGCCACGUGGUCAACGUAGCUCAGAUCAUCGAGCUGGUGAUGACGUGCAUCCUGUACGUGGUGGUGAGUGGCAACUUGAUGUACAACAGCUUCCCGGGGCUGCCCGUCUCACAGAAGGCGUGGUCGGUGGUGGCCACCGCAGCCUUGCUCCCCUGCGCCUUCCUCAAGAACCUGAAGGCCGUGUCCAAGUUCAGCCUCCUGUGCACGCUGGCCCACUUCGUCAUCAACGUCCUGGUGAUCGCCUACUGCCUUUCGCGGGCUCGGGAGUGGGCGUGGGAGAAGGUUAAGUUCUACAUCGAUGUCAAGAAGUUCCCCAUCUCCAUCGGCAUCAUCGUGUUCAGCUACACCUCGCAGAUCUUCCUCCCCUCCCUGGAGGGCAACAUGCAGAAGCCCAGCGAGUUCCACUGCAUGAUGGACUGGACCCACAUCGCUGCCUGCGUCCUCAAGGGCCUCUUUGCCCUGGUGGCUUACCUGACGUGGGCCGACGCCACCAAGGAGGUCAUCACGGAUAACCUGCCCAGCGCCAUCCGCGCGGUGGUCAACCUCUUCCUUGUGGCCAAGGCGCUGCUCUCCUACCCGCUGCCUUUCUUCGCCGCUGUCGAGGUCCUGGAGAAGUCGCUGUUCCAAGACGGCGGACGGGCCUUGUUCCCGGACUGCUACGGGCCAAGCGGCCAGUUAAAAUCGUGGGGUCUGGGCCUCAGGGUGGGCCUGGUGGUCUUCACUUUGCUCAUGGCCGUCUUCGUCCCCCAUUUCGCCCUCCUCAUGGGUCUGACCGGCAGCCUGACGGGCGCCGGCCUGUGCUUCCUACUGCCCAGCCUCUUCCAUCUGAAGCUCCAGUGGAGGAACCUCCUGUGGCACCACGUCUUCUUCGAUGUCUCCAUUUUCGUCAUCGGGGGCAUUUGCGCCAUAUCGGGCUUCAUCCACUCCAUCGAAGGGCUCAUAGAGGCAUUCAAGUACAAUAUCCAUGACUGAGAGCUUUGCGGCAGCCGACCUUUUAUGCCCCACCCCCUUCCCUACCCGCCUCCUCCUCCCGCUCUGCUCCCCACUUUGUGGGUCAUGAUGACAAAGAAGCCCACUAGGAGGAUCUUGUGUGUGAAUUUUUUUUAAUUUUGCCUUUGUGAAAACGUGCAAUAACAAACUGUACAAUCAUGGUGUAAAAUAGGCUCCUAUGGUAAAAUGGACGGAAGGACACAACUUCCUGACAGGUGUGUCCAAAGUUCUGAAAAGCAGGGAAACAUGGCCCAAAUUAAGUGUGUGUGUGUGU